AUGGUCUCACCCAAGGGAAAGGUCUUUCUCAUUGCCGGGCAUGUCUCCCUGGCUGGGCUGUUGUACGGCCUGGACACAGGCUCGAUCGGCCCGAUCACCCAAAUGCAUCAGUUUGAGUCCUCCAUAGGCCGACUCUCUUCCAUGCAGCAAGGUGUCUACGUCGCCUGUAUUCUUCUCUCCUCGUCCGCAUCCUCUCUUGUGAGCGGACAUGUCUCGGACCGUCUAUCGCGGAAGUACGGCAUCCUCAUCGGCAGUCUGCUCUCGCUGGUGGGGACGAUCAUCUCCGCGUGCUCACCCAACUUCGCUAGUCUGAUCGUCGCGAGGCUGAUCACCGGUGUCGGAAUGGGCCAGGCCAUCUCCGUCACGACCGUGUACCUGGUCGAGAUCGCCCCGGCAGAAGUGCGGGGUGUUGUGGCUUGUUCGCUCCAGCUUUACGUGGUGAUCGGAAUUAUGGUGGGAUACUUUGUCACAUACGGCACGCAGUAUCUCGCUGGCAGUAUGGCGUGGCGGGUGCCGUUCAUAAUCCAGGCGGCCAUGGCGGCUAUGCUGUCAGUUGUGAUGCUUCUGAUGCCGUUCUCACCGCGAUGGCUGGUUCAGGUCGGACGCGUUGAGGAUGCGCGUAUGGUUUUGCGAAAAUUGCGCCCGGAAUCAGCCGUCGAUGCGGAGCUGCAAGAGAUCGAGGGCAGCUUGCGGUCUCGGCGAGCGACUGCAAGUAUGGCGGAGAUAUUUGGGCGGAAGUACAUCAGUCGGACGGCACUGGGGGUGUUUUUGAUGACAUUUCAGCAGCUGACGGGGAUCGAUGUGGUUUUAUAUUACGCGCCAAUCCUCUUCCAACAAGCCGGCUUCACAUCCACGAAAGCUUCGUUCCUCUCAUCAGGAAUAAUUGGCAUCGUGAUGUUGGUGUUCACCAUCCCGGCCCAGAUCUGGGUGGAUCGAUGGGGGCGUCGCAAGCCGUUAAUUGCCGGGGGUGCCGCGAUGGCCAUCUGUUUCAUCGUCAUCGGUUCCCUGUAUGCGCGAUACGGACGUAUCACUCCUGAUGAGGUGACCUUGGAGUCGCACUCGGCGCAAUGGGCCGUGGUUGUGCUGAUCUUUAUCUUUGUGGCGAAUUUUUCCUGGUCAUGGGCGGUGGUUGGCAAAAUUUACGCCUCGGAGAUCAUUCCCACACGGCUGCGGGCAAAGGUGUGUGCGGUGGAGCUACUAGCCAACUGGAUUGUGAAUUUUGUAGUGACUCUUACGGCACCAUUGUUUCUGCAUCGGUCUCCAUCGGGGCCGUACUUUUUGUACGGGUUCUCAACGCUGGUGGCGGUGGCAGUGUGUGUGGUCAUGCCAGAGACGAAGGGACGGAGCUUGGAGGGGAUUGAGGAGUUGUUUGAGAAGAGAGAUAGCAGUUGA